AGUUCUUUCUCCAGCUUUUCUAUUUUUAGCUCAUUCACUUCAUUGUCUGAUCCAAUCACUGUUGCACACAUGUUGAUGUUGCUAUUUUGGAUUCUGUUUGUGUUUUUUUAAUUAUCUGGGAAAAAAGCCUCUGGAUCUAGAGAUUCUGUUGGAUUUUGCUUCACGGAUCUCUGUGGUCUGUUGUGGGAAUUGGGUAGUGGUUGUUUGUAAAGGGGAAUGUUGUGAUUGAUUUCACAUUUUUGUUACUAUUUUCUCUUUGUUUUUGUUUGAACUCUUUGGUGGAGUAGUUUUGGAUUUUUCUAUGAAAAGGGUGUUGGGGAAUACAGUUGAGAGGUACAAUUGAAGCAACAAGUUUGAAUUUUUUGAUGAGUAAUUACUUCUUGAUCUCAAUUCAAGCUUUGAUUUUUAAUCUGAUGUGCAGCUUAGGCGGGGUGUGAGAUCUUGCUAAGGCCUGAUUGGAUCCGUCCUCCAAAAGUGAAAUGGAUCCAGAACCGAAGAAAGGGGAUGAUUCGCCUUCGAACUCUUGCAACUCUCAUGGACCACUCCACCCUCAAUCACCAUUCCCGGAUGAAGUGUUGGAGAAAGUCCUGUCGUUCGUAGAUUCGCAUAAAGACAGGAGCUCAAUCUCGCUUGUGCGCAAAGAUUGGUAUAACGCUGAGAGAUGGACAAGAUCAAAGCUUUUUAUUGGAAACUGCUAUGCAGUGUCACCAGAAAUAGUGGCUAGAAGGUUUCGAAGAAUUAAGAGUGUUACACUUAAAGGGAAGCCAAGAUUUUCGGAUUUUAAUUUGGUGCCACUGGAUUGGGGUGCUAAUGUGUACCCAUGGUUGGUUAUGUUUGCCAAAGUUUACCCUUUCUUGGAGGAGCUGAGGCUUAAGAGGAUGACCAUCACCGAUGAGGGCCUGGAGCUCUUGGCGAAGUCAUUCCCUCGCUUCAAGGCCUUAUCUUUGUCAAGUUGUGAUGGAUUCACUGAAAAUGGGCUCAAAGCAAUUGCCAGUCAUUGCAGGAACUUGACUGAGAUCAACAUACAGGACAGUAUAACAGAGGAUGUCGGUGGAGGUUGGUUGAGUUGCUUCCCAGAAAACUUUUCUUCGCUGGAAAUACUUAACUUUUCUAUUCUUAAUGGUGAUGUAAACUUUAAUGACCUGGAGAGACUUGUUAGCCGAUGCAAACUAUUGAGAGUUCUGAAGGUCAACGAGAGCAUUACCUUGGAUGAAUUGCAACGGCUGCUUGUGCACGGCCCUAGACUAACAGAGCUUGGCACUGGCUCCUUCCCGCAAGAACUCACACCUCGCCAAUAUGAAGACAUUGAAACUGCGUUUUGUAAUUGUAGAAAUCUCCAGGUUCUUUCGUGUUUGUGGGAAGCAACUUCUGUAUAUCUCCCUCUUCUUUAUGGAGCUUGUGCCAGCCUGACUUUCUUGAACUUGAGUGUUGCGCCCCUCCAAAGUGGUGAAUUUGCAAAGUUUCUUGCUCACUGCCCCAAUUUACGAUGCCUUUGGGUCAUUGAUACAGUCGAAGACAAGGGGCUUGAGGCUGUUGGUUUGAGCUGUCCCUUACUUGAGGAGCUACGGGUCUACCCUGCUGAUCCAGAUGACCGGGAUCAUCGUGAUGGGGUGACAGAAUUGGGUUUCUUGGCAGUGUCUCGUGGAUGCCCCAAACUCCACUAUGUUCUCUACUUCUGUAGGAGAAUGACUAAUGCUGCUGUUGUGACCAUAGUGCAGAACUGCCCCAAUUUCACCCACUUCCGUCUAUGCAUUAUGACCCCGCGCCAACCAGACUAUCUCACAAAUGAACCCAUGGAUGAGGCCUUUGGCGCUGUUGUCAAAACCUGCACGAAAAUCAAGAGGCUUUCAGUUUCAGGCCUUCUAACUGACCAGACAUUUGAGUACAUUGGCCAGUACGCGAAAGAUCUUGAGACACUGUCGGUGGCCUUUGCUGGAAGCAGUGAUUGGGGAAUGCAGUGUAUCAUGGAAGGCUGUCCUAAGCUGAGGAAGCUCGAGAUCAGAGAUUGCCCCUUUGGAGACGCUGCCCUGCUGUCUGGACGAGAGAAGUAUGAGAGGAUACGAUCGUUGUGGAUGUCUGCGUGCCGUGUGACAAUGAAAGGCUGCAAACUGCUCGCGAGGGAGUCUCCAAGGCUCAACGUUGAGGUGAUAAGAGAGGAAGGAGGCAACGAAGAUCAAGCCCUCAAAGUCUACCUCUAUCGCUCUGUAGCAGGGCCAAGGAAGGAUGCCCCGCCAUUCGUUCUCACACUUUGAAAGUCGAAGGAAAAAACCAUUCUUGAGCAACAUUUCUCUAUAUGAUUCGGGCCGAAAAGUCAUGGAAAAUAAGAGAGAGGAGGCAAGUUGUGAAGCUUCCAUGGACAUGAGGCCUCCAGUUAUGAAUUUGUAGGGUGGCAUUUUCUUUUACCAAUUCUUGAAAGAAUAGUAGAAAAUCAGAUGCAAGAGAAGAUCUCUGCCCCCUUAGUUGAUUUUUUCCUAUGUUUCUUGUUGUAUUGUCAAUGGCUUGAGGCUGUUAGAAUCGAACGAUUAACGAUGAUGAGGUGGCGCUGCGUGUUUGUGGCUGAGUCUCGGCUCUGUCUGAAAGAUGAUCAUAUCAGAAAGGUGGAGCAGAUUGGAAGUUGAAUGUAGUUUAUUUAUGGUGUUAGUUUUGUAACAUCAUUUUGUGUAAGUGCAUACUAAUCUGGGAUUAAGGACGGAUAAUGAGAUACAUUUGUUUUAGGUAA